AUGGACUGGCGACUUCGGCUCUUGGACUACGCGAAGGAGGCUGAAGACACAGCAGCAGGACUGGGCGCCUUCGUCAGCGAGAUUCCGCAGUAUCGUAAAGAUAUCACUGGUGAUAUUGCUGAAUUGUACGCCAUCUCCAAUGCCUUGCAAACGCUCCAAGAAGCGGUCGAGCAUCCUUGCCUUGGAAGAGCUUCCGGCCGGAUCUUGAAGGACUUGGAGAUAUGCCUCCCAAGUCUGGGCUACACUCUCGACGAUGUCCGAGAUAUGUUCAGCAAAUCGAAGAGGAAAAGGCGACUCCCUGGCGCCUUCCCUGGUACCCCGCAGUAUGCUGAGAUGUGGGAGGAUGCUCUUGCCGACUUCAAAACUCAGGGCAUAUCCCUGUCAAAUCGACUGGAGUACUAUCGUACGUAUCUGCAAGGCAUGUACGAUGAGCUGCGAGACAUUGAUCCGGGAGAGGAGAUUGACAGAAUUGAAGUCCGCCUGGAGAAGCUAUUGAAGCAACAGGAGCCUCUUGACUCAUACUUAAGCAGGCUGAAGAUACCCAGUCACAGUCCUGUCAUGACACCUGGGCCAAAACCACCUCGCAAUCCGAGACCGAAUAUCAAGAGUUUCACGUCGUACCCAACGUACAGUUAUGGGCCCGCACCGCCGCCGCCUCCACCAUCUCGUACUCCUCGUCCAGUGCCUCAGAUAUACGCUGGCAUAGGAGAGGUUCCAAUGGGAGGAUUCUUCGUACCUCCAGCCGCACCCUCCGUCCCUACGUCACCCACGUUCUCGUCCGCUUCUUCUCAAGGCAUGUCAUCACACUCCACUGACUCUGGAGGUCCAGUCGCCCACUGGGCUAUGCGGAUUUUCGACGGGCGACAUCCUUCUACUCCUUUCCGGACAUUGGGCGACGCCACAGAAUGCGCCGGGCGAGAUGAGCCGAAUGUCAUACAGAUGCUGGGUGACGAUCACUUCGAGAAAGUCUUGGAGCUGCCACUGGAGGCAACAAAUGUCUGGCUACGCCUAUAUUGUAGAUACGAGGAUCUUCGCGCUCGCAUCUUGUUCCUCACCAUGGACUCUGAUGGAACACGUAGAAGGUACUGCUUUCCGCUGACAGGACUGAAGAUCAUCCGUAAAGACUCCUGCUUGCAAAUGUGUCGCGUGAAUCGCAAGGAUGGGAGGCUAGACUUGUGGGCACGUUUGCGGUUCCCUCUGUACGAGCGCAUGAUACUCUUCUACAACACCGCUGUCGCGAUGAAGCACCAGGACCAGGCCCGUAUGGCUGACGGUCUUGAAGACAUAUUUGAUCGAGACAGGACGGAGAGACUCGAGUUCAGCAGUGAGAUCUCGGACAGCCAUUUUCUCCAUCACCUUCGUGUGUAUCAUGAUAUGGACUCUGGUGUUGUUCGCUUCGAAGCAACGCCUCGCCGGGGUCCACUGAAGGACGUGCCUAUUUGGACUGCUUUCGUCACGCAUUUCGUUGGUGACAGAAGUUGGAUGAAGAAGGUUGGUUCGACUACAGUUGUGUUCAGGCAAUUACACCCGUACGUGUUCUGUGAGGGGUACAAGGUGCCAAAGGCGUUGAAUGGUCGACAUCAGUUGAAUUUCUCCUCUUCUCAAGAUGCAAGAGACCUCAUUGAUAUCUUUCAUCAAAUCAAAGUCCGACGAUGA